GCCAUUCACCAGCUCAAGAACAAUAAAGCUGCUGACAUCAAAUACUGUUCCAAUCGUCCAUUUGCGCAAAAUGGCGUCGUCGAUGUCAGCUCAACACACACCCGAGGACAAGUAUAACGUUCUGAUGAUUGGAGAAACCGGCGUUGGAAAGUCAACUUUGAUCAAUUAUCUGACAAACUUUUUCCAAGGUGGAAAGCUUGGUCAACUAAGACUGUCUAUUCCUUCGAAGCAUUACAAUGCAACAGAGGGCUUAGAACAUUUUGAAACGAAUGUAUUGGAUUUGUCAAAAAGUCAAACCAGUGAAUGCAUGGAGUACAAUUUCAGCAAAGAUGGACUUAUUUUUGGUUUCAUAGACACCCCAGGUCUUAACGAUACUGAAGGGAUGCUUGAGGACCAGAAACACAUCUCGGAAAUUAUUUCUGCUACAGAAGAAAAGGGAACUUUGGCGGCAAUAAUGAUCGUAGUAAAUGGAACGCAAUCGAGAGCUACAACGAACCUACGUUACACUUUAAAUGAGAUGAAAAAUGUCAUACCAGAUCGCUUUAUGGAUAACAUCAUACUUGUUCUCACGAACUGCAAUCGGGUUUCCGCAAAUUUCGAUACAUCUCAACUAAAACCAUGGAAUAUACUCGACGAGAACUUGUUUCAUAUGAACAAUUCUGCUCUGAAUAAACCCGAGAAAGCAUGGAAGAACGAGGAAAUAUUGAAGAAAUAUGUUGAAAAUGAAUGGAAUGAAUCGAUGGAAACCAUCGCGAAAAUGAUUGAUCGGCUAAAACAAAUGGGUAGUCAGUCGACGAUGGUAUUUAAAGAAAUGCGUCUGAAGAGAAACACAAUCAAGUCGAACCUCUAUCAUAUUAUGCAAAACAUAGAUAACCUUCAAACCCUGCAAAACAAGCUAGAAGAGCUGACUUAUCAGAAAAUAUCCGACGACCCUAAAAAGUAUUCCGAUUACAAGCAAACACAGGAAACAGAAUAUACGUUAUAUUUUAAAUCUCAAUUUUACAGCACAAUCUGUUUAUUAUGCUCAAAGGUGUGCUAUGAAGAUAAGACAGCAGCUUCUUCAGUAGCUGGAUAUCCGGUGCCGAAUUUUGUCUAUAAUGCUAUAAACUUUGCCGUUAAGUGCGUCAAGGUAGCAUUAGGCGGAAACAGCACCUGUGAAAAAUGUAAUUGCUCCCAAUUUGCGCAUUAUGACGAUACAAUGAAGCCAAUCAAAAAAAUGGUAACUGUUGAAAAACUACUGAAUGAGAUUAAAAACUCUUACGAUCAUCGGAACGAUCAGGUGGAGAAUAAAAUCAGCGGGUUGAAGGACGAUAUCGCAGCAAUAAGUAAUGCUCUAGACGCAAAUGAAUCGGCCAUUCGAACGUGUUGCAAAGAUCUUAUGAAAAUUUGUUCACAGCUUAAUCUUGCAAGGGAGUUUGAGAGCUUUAGUGAGAUAAUUCAGAGGAAAGCUUGCGAUCUACGUUCUAAAUCAUUGAAAAAUAAUGCUUAUGACAGGAUCGGCAGUAUAACAGAAGUGAUUGACGAGAUAUCGGGAGAUCGCUCUUAGACAUGGCAUCGUUCUACACACCAGGAAAUCAUAGAUUUAUACGUAACAUACUUUUAGCUUUCAGCAUGUAAAGCCAUUUCUAAUGUACUAUUCUAUGAUAAAAUACAAACUAAUGAUACAAACAUA